CUCAUCUGUCACUUUUUUUUUUGCUUUUGGUUCAUCUCAUCAUGGCUACUGAAUCCGUCAUCCUUGUUACCGGUGGUUCCGGCCUUGUUGGUCAAGCUAUCAAGUGGGUUAUCGAGAACGAUACCUCCGCACAGUUUGGAAAGAAGAAGGGAGAGACCUGGGUUUUCUUGACUUCCAAGGACGGAGACCUGAGAAAGGAGGCAGAUACCAAAGCCAUCUUUGAUAAGUACAAGCCUACUCACGUCAUUCACUUGGCUGCUCUUGUUGGUGGUUUGUUCAAGAACAUGAAGUACAAGCUUGAUUUCUUACGCGAGAAUAUGUUGAUCAACGAUAAUGUCUUGGAGUACUCUAAGCGUUACGAGGUCAAGAAGGUUGUCUCUUGCCUUUCUACCUGUGUCUUCCCUGACAAGACCACUUAUCCUAUCGAUGAGACCAUGAUCCAUAACGGUCCUCCCCAUGAGUCUAACUUUGGUUAUGCUUACGGAAAGCGUAUGAUUGAUGUCCAGAACCGUGCUUACAAUGAGCAGUAUGGUUGCAACUUCACUUCUGCUGUCCCUACCAAUGUAUUUGGUCCCCACGACAACUAUGGUCUUGAAGACUCCCACGUUCUUCCCGGUCUUACCCACAAGUGUCUUUUGGCCAAGAAGAACGGUACUCCCUUUAUUGUCAGUGGUACCGGAAAGCCUCUUCGUCAAUUCAUCUACUCUCGCGAUCUUGCAAAGCUCUUUAUCUGGACCCUGAGAGAGUACCCUGAAAUUGAUCCCAUUAUUCUGUCAGUUGGUGAGGAAGAUGAGGUCUCUAUCAAGGAUGUUGCUGAUGCUAUUGUCAAGGCUAUUGACUUUAAGGGAGAGUACUCUUUCGAUACUAGCCGUGCCGAUGGUCAGUUUAAGAAGACUGCAAGCAACGAGAAGCUUAGAAAGUACCUUCCAGACUUUAAGUUCACACCCUUUGAUGUUGCUGUCAAGGAGUCUGUUGAAUGGUUCGUCGCCAACUAUGAUACCUGCCGCAAGUAGAGAGCAUUUAGAAAAAGAAAGAAAGAAAGAAAGAAAGAAAGAAAUAUAUUAGCCCUUGAUUAGCUUUUACUUUUCAUUUUCUUUUUUUCUUUUUUAUUUUAUUUUAUUUUUUUAGUUAUUGCUUGAUCCACUCAAUAAAUAAUCGGUUUCCAUGGAAACCUUAAAUGAU